UCUCAUGCAGAUUCAAAAAUGUGAAUUGGUCUUGAUCCAUACCUACCCAGUUGGUGAAGAUAGCCUUGUAUCUGAUCGUCCUAAAAAAGAGUUGUCUCCAGUUUUAACCAGUGAAGUUCAUAGUGUUCGUGCAGGACGGCAUCUUGCUACCAAACUGAAUGUUUUAGUACAGCAGCAUUUUGACUUGGCUUCAACUACUAUUACAAAUAUUCCAAUGAAG